CUUGUAGGUAGUUUCGUUUACAUGUAUCAUAAACAUACUGACGCACUUACGAAUCGUUGAAGAAAGACAACUUCUCUUUUGGACCUUUCUUGACGCUUGACCACCGGACGGGCAAGAAAUCCUUCCAACCUUAAUUCAACCUUCACUCAACCAUCGCCUCUAAAGCCGAUCACCUGUCUACAACGUAAACAUCCUACCUACCGCUUCACCGCAUGUUUCCAGACAUUCCACACGCUUGAUGACGCGUCCCGAUGCUACAGACGGGCAUCGCGACGCCUCUCAUGACCGUCAGUUGGCGUCGGUCGUCAGUUUUUCCAUAGCAGUCCAUUCAUCAUUGCCUGUCAGAGCGUUUCGUCUCGGUUAAGUUUUUGUAGGUCGGUGAGUCUGUCAGGAUACCAGACAAGUUCGGGGAGGAAGGAAAGAACGGGACGAGCCAAGAGUUGGACCAUUUUCAUGACCGGUGCUGUGGGGACCAUAACUGCUGUCAUCGCCGGACCUCCCUCCGCAGUCGGAACGGUCAACUGUGGAACUGUCAACUGCAGUAUGGUGAACUCUGUCGACGCUGGUUCGACGGAGCACUUCUUGGACCCAGUCGACCAGGCGUAUCAUGACUCGCUUCAGGAAGAACGUCGAAGAACGGGAAGAUACUUGGCAGCAGGCUUGGUGAUAUUUCUAGUAAUCUUAGGGUUGUACCAUGCAGUACGAUUUGGUUCUACAAGGUUAUCAGCUCUUCUAGGAGCUGCCCUUAUAAUGUCCAUGUACCUACUCUGGCUGUUGUAUGCCUCGCAUCGCAAGAAACAAGUUCUUAGGGCAAGGGAACUGGCCAUAGAGCAGCAGGUGCACGAAGUUUUAAUCCACAGAGCAAAAUCAAAGGAGAAGAUUGACAAGCCGAAAAGAAAAUUGAGGAAACAUCGACCAACCGUUUUAAGAUCGUAUUCUAUCGGAUGACCUCCAUGGUCUAUAAUUUAUAUGGUCCUGGAAUAUUCUAAAUCUGGAUACGAUGUUUUCCAACGUUUUCUAAUGAUCAGUGUAACUCCUAUACUAUCUCUUCAGUACCUAUAUGCUUUGUUAGCACUAAGUUCACAGCACAAAAGUUGAUCGAAUCUGAAAAUUGAGAAGAAAACGGAACGCAAAAGUUUCAGUUCUGAACGUUCCGGAAAAGCAUCUGUAUCUCACUUUCCUUGUUAUAUGUAUAUUUGUGUGUGUGUACAUGUAAACAUUUCUAUAAAAUAUCAAUACAUUUUUAUAAUAAAAAAUAUCCAAGGAAUGAAAUUAAUGAGUCGAAAUAAACUACCUUGGUUGAGAAAUUUACGCCAAAGGACAGGCUAAACAGCAGACCGAUUAUUGUUACACGUGGCCCUAGACCUCGACCACUCUAAAGAUAUUGAUUGGAGUCACGAACCCAUUAAGGCGAGAAUACACAUGCCAGUAAAAUAGCAUGCCAGUGGCCAGUAAGUUGUAUGCUAACUACUUGUCCUACGACAUCCCAAAAUACACAUGCUAGUUUUGGAUAUGCCAGUCUGUGAAAACUUUCCUUUAUCUUCUUUAACUCUUGGUGGUAGGUUGUUCUUAGGUUUUUUAUCUUAUCUUUCAUAAAUUUCAAUGUUAAAUUGUUAUCAGUCAUUUGCUUCAAUAAAGACUUGUAAGCAUUGUCUCUAGCGAUUUUAUUUUUAUACAAUGGAGAUCAUGUAUUCCAUAAACACGGAUACUGCAUAACAAACAAUAAAGUCUUUUCGUCUCCCUAACGAGCCAUUUUGCCCCGAAAUAAACAAAUAGUUCUAUAGUUCAAGAAUCCGUUUUUCACAUGCGAGUUUCUGGUAACGAUGUCGUUCACACACCUUUGAACAUGACUCGCAUGUUUCCUCCCCUCCAUUCCCUCGACGAAAUCCUGCUACUGGCACACAAAAAUCAAACGUCUUGCGAUCUACUGGCGUGCUAUCUUCUAGGAUGGCUUCUUGCUGGCAGAGAAAGUCACACAUGCAAGUAGCACGCACAAUCCAGUAACUGGCAUGCUUAAGUGCGUGUAACAAGCAUGUGUAUUCUCGCCUUAUAAGGACAUGACAGGCUAAAAAGAGUCAUUCAGAAGUGUAUAUUAUCUUGAUUUGUCGAAAACAUCUAUCGAGAAGGUGGAAUUUAGGUCAUUUGAGGAAAAUAUC